UUUCAGUCGGAUCACAUUCAGCGACGCACCGACUCUUUCCUCGCAGGGUGGGCGGAAGCUGAUAAAGUUGAAAAUGUAACGUUAAGUAUCGUUUUAUUGUAAACAGAGUGAGACCUCUUGUGCUGAGUUAGCAGUUAGCUGUUGAGGCUACAUGUGACCUAGCUUGUUUCAACUCCAUCUUUCGUUUUUGUGGUUAUAAUAAGGAUGUUGGCGGGGAAACGGUGAGCAUGUCGUCGGGAGAACGAGUCCAGGUGGAGGAGCAGAAGGUUGAGCAGGAGGAGGAGGAGGUGCAGGAGGAGGAGCUGGUGGAGGAGCAGGAGGAGGUGCAGGAGGAGGAGCUGGUGGAGGAGCUGGCGAACAUGACGGUGAAAGACAUGCAGCAGCAGGCGGUUCAGGUUCAGGUUCAGGCGGUGCAGACGGAGGACGCCACAGAGGAGUCGGGCGUCAACACGGAGCCGGACUGGGAGAGCCAGGUGGCGGCCAUGUUGGAGUACAGCGGCAGCCUGACGGCGCAGUACAACGGUCUGGUGAGGAGACAGGACGAGGAGGAGGCGACGCAGGAGAAACACAAGCUGCAGCUGCAGAAGAGGAAGGAAGAGGCGACGCGGCAGCACCAGGCUCUGAUGGACAAACUGGAGUCGCUGCGAGUCAAACUGCAGCUGAACAACUCGAAGGCCGCAAGGAAAAACUUCCUGUCCAAGAAACAGGAGAUGAGCUCCGAGAAGAACCGAGCGGAGGAGGAGAGGAACAGGUUGGCCAAGGAGCUGGAGGAGGGCGAGCGGCGGCUGGCGGCGCUGGCAGAGGAGCAGAGCGAGGAGCAGCGGCGCUGGCAGGAGGAACUGGACGAGCUGCGGCGGGAGAUGGAGCGCUUGAGGAAGGAGGCGCGGGAGGCGGAGCAACUGGCAUCGCAGGACGAGAACGCCGCGGUGGAGAUGCAGCGGGACGUCGCCAUGACGCGCAUCGAGGCCUGGCUCAGAGAGCUGGCACAGUACCUGAGCGCCCUGCGGGCGGAGUUCCCUCAGCAGUUCCCCUACGAGCGGCUGAAGUGGGAGAAGAAGGAGGCAGCGGUGCGGAGGAGCCAGGCUGAGCUGCAGAGCCGCUUCCAGGACGUCCUGCAGCAGCUGCGUCAGGGGGCGGAGCUAGAGUCGCUCCCCAGGAUCAACGUGCCGUCGCUGCCGCAGGUUCCCACGUCGGACCUUAGGUUCAGUCUUGUGAUGCAGUCGCUGGUUCCGCCGCCGUUUGUGGCCCCCCCUCCUCUUCCUCCCAACCCGGUGGCCAGACCCCUCCCUCCACAGAGACACCCAGACUACUACCAGGACCAGUACCCGCCCCUUCACCGACCUCAGUUCCGGCAGCACUACCCGCCGCCGCCAGAACUUUACUUCCAGCCGCCACUCCAGUUCCAGGCCCCUCCACCCCCUCAGUUCCAGCCCCACAUCAGAGCCCCGGUGAGGGUGACUCCGCCUCCCAGUCUCUCCCCCUCCCCCUCCCCCUCCCCUGUGGCUCCCUCCCCGCCUCCCCCAGCCGCCUCCGCCGGAAAACUAGACAAAGUCCUGGAGAAGCUCGGGACGCGGUUCCCACAAUGCAACAGGACCCAGCUAACUCAGCUGCUGCAGCAGGUUAAGAGCGCCCGCGGCACCAUGGCGGGCAUGUCAAUGGAGGAGGUGAUGGAGCAGGUCGGCCUCCGGCUGGGUCAGAACGAGAAGCUGCUGUCGGCCCCGGGGCCCGUUGUCCGGCCGACGCCCCCCGGCCCCAUCCAGAGGCCGACGCCUUCCCCGCAGAGAGCCAGACUGGCGGCGGCGGCCCCGGGCGUCGGGGCCCGUAAACUCUGCCUGAUGUGCCAGAACGGCGUGGCCCCCGAGAGCCGCCAUCCGCUCAGCUGUGCCCACACCAUCCACAAAGACUGCAUCCGCACCUGGCUGCAGUCGAGCCCCAACAACUCGUGUCCAUUCUGUCCCACCAAGAGCUAGCUGCACGCUCACGUCAAGGGCUAGCUACACGCUAACGUCAAGAGCUAGCUGCACGCUCACGUCAAGGGCUAGCUACACGCUAACGUCAAGAGCUAGCUGCGCGCUCACAUCAAGGGCUAGCUACACGCUAACGUCAAGUGCUAGCUGCACGCUAACGUUACUAGGGCAACACGCUAACUGAGAGAUACCAAUGCUUCUGAGUCAUAGAAAAAUGUUUUUUUGUUAUUACUAUAAUGUCGAGCUGUCAUCAAAUUAUUAAUCCAUUGAUAUGACUCACACUGUAAAUAAAAGUUUUGUCCGGUAAAA